CGCAAGACAGUUAUCAUCAAGUGCAUACAAACUUAACUUCGCUGUGCGAAAGAAAACCAAAAAGAAACGGUAUCAUUUCUAAAUUUUUUUUUUCAAACACAUUUACAGAAAAAGUACAAAGUUCAAAUUACGAAAAAAUGGCGUUGUCUAAUUUGCUAUCAAUGGCUGAGGCACUGCAGCCUACCCGCAGCCACCUCGACUACGAUUUCGGAUUGGGAAUGCAUCCGCGCCAGCUACAAGCCUGGUGCACCACUCCUUCCCAGCCCCUGCUGGCUCCUUGGCAGUGCCAGGCCUGGCCAUCGCCGGCCCAUCGACGCUGCAAACGUGCAACUGCUGAAAAUGGCGAAGGUUGGCCCGUCUGCCAGGUGGGCAAGGAUGGAUUCCAGGUGUGCAUGGAUGUCACCCAGUUUACGCCCAGUGAACUCUGCGUCAAAGUCGUCGAGAACUGCAUUGUCGUAGAGGGAAAGCAUGAGGAAAGGGCGGAUGAUCACGGGUACAUCUCACGGCAUUUUGUGCGUCGCUAUUCCAUUCCCAAGGGCUAUGAGGCAGACAAGGUGAUCUCCUCGCUGUCCUCGGAUGGCGUACUCACGAUCAAUAUGCCCAAGCCACAGGCGAUUCAGGACAAGUCCAAGGAGCGUGUGGUGCAAAUCCAACAAGUGGGUCCCGCUCAUCUCAAUGUCAAGCAGAACGAUGUGGAUCACAAGCAGCAAAACGAUCCAAAAUCCAAGUCGGGCACUGGCAACACCAAGUAGAAUCAAUCAUCAAUCAGCCUUUCAUCAGUCAUCCUCAUUCAUCAUUCAUAUUUAUUGUAACGAGCAAAGACUAAUUAUGCAUUUCUUCAAAUAAACCAAUUUUAAGAGCAUUAAA